AUGUCCACCACCGAGCCAAUAGAGCCGGCUCCAGAAGACACAGUUGAUGAUGACGCAUUCGAGGGUUCGGAUUACGGGGAGUCGCUCGUAUCCUCGGGCUUCACAUCGCUUGCUUCCCGCGUCAUGAGACAUUCGCACGAAGGUGGCAGACGAUAUCAGUCCUUCCUCCAGGGAAUAUACCCCCUGCCCAACGACGAGACGGAACAGUUCCGGGAAGAAAUGAAGCACCAAUUGAUCAAACGUCUUCUUGAUGGCAAUGACUACCUCUCUCCCAUCAAUGACAGUCCACAAAAAAUUAUGGACGUCGGCACCGGCACCGGCCUUUGGGCUGUAGAAGUGGCCGACAAGUUUCCUAGUGCACAUGUCAUUGGAGUAGACAUCUCUCCAAUCCAGAAUGCCUAUGGUCCUCAGAAUGUGGACUGGCGAAUUGACGAUGUUGAAGAAACCUGGUCCCCUCUAUACUCUGACUUGGACUUUGUGCAUUUGCGUUCAGUCAGUGUCACCCUUCGAGACCCAGUAAAGGUCAUCACGUCGGCGUAUCAUAAUCUAAAACCAGGCGGUUGGAUUGAAUUCCAGGACGCUGGCGUCAAAAUCGGAUGCGACGAUCACACGAUACCCGAGCACUAUGCUCCAACAAGAUUCAUGGACCUUUUCGUUCGCACGUUCAGAACUCACUUUUCCUGGGACCUAGGGAUUCCCCUCAUCCUACCCGAGAUCUUAAGAAAUAUUGGUUUCGUCAAUAUCCACUGCCGAACUCACAAGAUGCCCAUCGGGCCAUGGGCCAAGAGCAGGCAUCAGCGAGAAAUCGGUCUCUUCCUAAGUAAGGACGUCUUGUGGCAGCUCGUUCGCGCCGUCCUCGUGAAAUGGCCGCAGAUGGGCCUCACCCAGCAGGAGGCCGAAGCCAUGGAACAGGACAUCCGAAAGGCGUUCCACGACACCAGAAUACAUGCGUAUCUGCCGUGGAUCUCCGUCUGGGCCCAAAAGCCUUCCGCUUGA